AAAGAACUUGUGAAAAAAAUGAGGCAUCUAUCUAUCUAUUUCAAAGUUCCCUCCAAAGCAUCAAAACACCUUCUCUUGCCUCAAAUCUUAGAGCCCGUUUGGUAGCACCAAAAUCGGCUGUUUUGGCUGAUUCUGCUGAAAUUUAUGAUAUUCUGGCUGGAGUGGCUGUUUUGGCUGAUUCUGCUGAUUUAAGAAAAAAAUAUUUUAAAAAUAUAUUUUAUUAAUAAAUUAAAGAAAAAAUUAUAUGUAAAAAUAGCUAAAAUAGUCCUCUACAGUAACUUCAGCCAAUACAGCCAGAAAAGUAACUUCAACCUUACUUUUUCGGCUUAUUACACAAUUCAGCGCGCGAAAGUAAAAGUUACGUGUUUGCUGAAAAAGCUGGCUGAUAAACCUGAUAAGCCGAAAACAGAGUUCUCCAAACGGGCUCUUAAGGUACACACUAAUACUGAUAUUUGUGGUGGGAAAUGGUUCAGAGGAAUCAGAGCUAAUAAGUGGUGCAAAAUAUAAGUGCACUCACUGAUUGUUCUAGUAUUUUAUUUUGUUUAUACUGAUUAAUUCAGACUUUAUUCCAUUAUCCGUGUUUAGAAAUUGGUGUCUUUGUACAUGAACCCUAAUUUAUGCAGCCAUAGCUAUAAAAUCUUUCUUUACAAUGAUUCGACCUCUUGAUUCAGUUCAUUAUCGUUAUUAUUGUAGAUGUUUAUUUGUCUGUUUACCCAUCUUCCAUGUACAGGCCAGUGUAGGUAUCUUGCCACACAAGGUUAUGGAACAUAGGUUCAGAAGUCUGCCUGGCUCCUCUAUAAACAGAUUCGAGUUGGAGAAUGACAUCAUUUCUUCUACCUUUCAACAGUCAGUGGACGUUCCGGACAGCAAUGAUACGCAUGCUCUUGUUACUAGUGCUCCUGCUUUGAACUCCGAUCCCGUGCUCGACUACAUUAACCAGAUUCUACUUGAGGAGGAUAGCAUUGAUGGGGACAAUCAAAACAUGUUCUUCAAUCUCUCUAAUCUUAGAGCUACUCAGAAGUCCUUUUAUGAAGCCUUGCGUGGUAACCCUUCCUCUCCUUCUCGCUGUAAUUCUGGAACCUUAGACAUCACGUUUGGGAGCUCCAGCGAUGAUGUUGGUCACCUUGAAUCUAAAUCAAUUGUGACAUCUGAUUGGGACUAUGGUGUUGACUCCAUUGUAUCUAAAUCAUUUGUGGCAUCUGAUUGGAACUGUGGUGUUGAUUCCAUUGCAUCUAAGUCAUUAGUGACAUCUGAUUGGAACUGUGGUGUUGAUUCCACUGCAUCUAAGUCAUUAGUGACAUCUGAUUGGAACUGUGGUGUUGAUUACAUUGCAUCUAAAUCAUUAGUGACAUCUGAUUGGAACUAUGGUUUUGAUUGCAUUGUAUCUAAAUCAUUUGUCAAAUGCGAUCCUCCCAGUGUCCCCAUCUCAUCGUCAUCAAGCCAGUCUUGCUUUGAUGGGCUAAGUGGUGCUUUAUGCAGCCUUGGUAGUCUUGAUUCGGUUCCAAAUAUAUUUUGUGAUGAACAUACCGAGUCCACCAUGAACUCAGAGAGAGGUGUGAAGGAAGCUAAUAACCUCCGAUUACCUCCAGAGGAUAGAGGUGGUCAUGUCAAUAUAGAUAAGGACCAAUCAGCUGAUUCUUUAUGGAGCCUUGGCAGUCUUGAUUCGGUUCCAAAUAUAUUUUGUGAUGAACAUACCCAGCCCACCAUUAAUUUCGAGAGAGGUGUGAAGGAAGCUAGUAACUUUCGAUUGCCUUGAGAGGAUAGAGGUGGUCCUCUCAAUAUAGAGAAGGACCAAUCAUCUGAUUCUGGUAGAGGAAAGAAGCAUUACUAUCUAGACGAGAGUUUGUUCGACAAAGAAAGGAAAAGCAAACACUCUGCCAUCCAUAAGGAGGAGGAUGACUUAUCACAGGUGUUUGAUAAGGUUUUGUUGUGUACUGAUGAUCAUGACUCUUCAUCUAGAGUCGGCCGCACACAAUUGAAAGGGCGAAGCGGACGCAAGAGUCAUUCAAAGAAAAGAGGAGAUCGCUGUGAAAUUGUGGAUAUAGAGGCUCUUUUGAUCAGCUGCGCCGAAUACAUAGCUGCUGGUGAUUAUAGGGAUGCAAAAGAUGCAUUAAAAAAAAUUAGGCAGCACUCUUCGCCUACCGGCGAUGCAAACCAAAGGCUGGCUAACAUAUUUGCUGAUGGUCUGGAGGCACGGUUGACUGGAACUGGGACAGAGCUGUAUGCGGCUUUAUAUCCUAAUCACACUGUGGUGUCCGAGUUGCAAAAAUCCUACAUGUCAUCUGUGCCAUUUAUGAGAUUAACAAUUUUCUUUGCAAAUAACGUCAUUUACGAAGUAGCAUCAAAAUGUGCAACACUGCAUGUUAUAGAUUUUGGUAUACUUAACGGUAUCCGAUGGCCCACUCUUAUUCGGGAUCUCUCACAAAGACCUGGUGGCCCUCCAAAACUUCGAAUAACAGGGAUUGAGCUUCCUCAACCUGGUUUUCGCCCAUCACAAAUGGUAGAAGAGACUGGUCGUCGCUUGGCGAAAUAUUGUGAGCGUUUCGGUGUACCAUUUGAGUACAAUUCUAUAACCGCCUUGAAUUGGGAGACACUUAAAAUUGGUGACUUCAAGCUUGUGAAGGGUGAGGUGAUUGUUGUUAACUGUAUUGAUCGAUUUGAGCACCUAUCAGAUGAAACAAUAGUUGUUGGGGACAGUCCCAAGGAUGCAGUUCUAAACUUAAUCCGAGAAUUAAAUCCAGAUAUGUUUGUGCAAUUUGGGCGUAGUGGAGCUCACAACUCUCCUUUCUUUCUCACUCGGUUUCGGGAGGCUCUCUUUUACUACUCUGGUAUCUUUGAUCUACUUGAUGUUAUUUUUCCAAACCGUGGUCAUGAGAGGUCGAAUUUUGAACAACAAUUUAUGGGACGCGGAAUAAUGAAUGUCGUUGCAUGUGAGGGCACGCAAAGACUGUUGAGGCCUAACACAUACAAGCAAUGGCACUCUCGCUUUAUUAGGGCCGCCUUCAAACCCAUGCCCAUAAACCCUAAACUUGUGAAGAAGUUCAUGGGCAUUCUGAGGGAAGGAUAUCACAAGGACUUCUUUUUUACAGAAGACGGUCAUUGGAUCCUGCAGGGGUGGAAAGGUCGGGUUAUUUCUGCCGGCUCUUGCUGGGUAUGUGCAAAGCAGACUCAAAACCUCUUAUUAUAAAACAAUAUUUCAGCAUUUUAGAAACUUUACAGACUUGCAAUAACGCUUCAAGCAACAUUGCAUUUCCCAUUUCAUGCUUCCGGGCAUUGCCUUGUGUUUACAAUGUAGCUCGAUAGUUCUUUUUAGCAAUUUAAAGCCUUAACCAGUCAAGAAAAGUUGUUUUGACUUAUGAGAACAUCAGUUGGGGGCGUUUUCUAGAUUUGAUAAUUAUUUUUAAGAUAAGGAUUAUUAGCUAAAAAUAUCCCCACUUAUAAUCAAAUUCACAAAUAUAUCCCAAGUUUUCACUUUUAACAAAAUAAGAAAGACUCAAACUUUAUAUUUCACAUUUUUUCACUUCUUUAUAGUUUUAAGUUUACAAACUUGUAUUGCUUAUUUCAUAUUGGUAUUAUUGAUAAAAAUGUGUAAUUAUGAAAAACAAAAAGAAAAGCAUAACUCUUGAAAAAUAUUCAGUUUGAGACUUUCUUGGAUAAAAGUGAAAGAAUAGAAUAAAUUUGUGAAUUUGAUGAUAGUUUGGGAUAAAAUAAGCUAAUAAUCCUUAAGAAAAUCAAAAUAGAUUGCAUCUACUAUUCAAACUCUUAGGGUGUUUGGUAGGAUGUAAAAUAAUUACUUUGCAUUCGAAGUGUAAGGGGGUAAAAAGUUUACUCUGUUUGGCUUGAUUAUUUAAUGUAAAUUGUAUGACACUUUUUAAAAACGUUUCGCACUGUUCCAUGUAAAGUGUUUUAUGUGGGGGAGGGUGAUAAAACAAUUUGCAUGCUUUUUAUAAAGCAUUGAAACCCCUUUGUAUGCAAAUUAAAAACAAUUUGUACAUCUAGUCAAACAAUGUAAAACAACCCCUUUGUAUGUCAAAUAAUCUAUUUUGCAUGGAAUUAUUUUGUGUGCAAAAGAUUUAUAGUGUAAACUACUAAAAGAGCCCUCAAGGUGUUUAUUACUCAAACUCAAGGUGUUUGAAAUUUGAAUAGCUUGAGUCAUUCUUCAUAUAAAGAGAAGAAUGUAUUUGGAAAUUUAUGUAAAGUACCUCGAAAGUAGCGCAACGAAAGCAUAAAACAGAUCUUUUGACAAUGACAGAAUUAUGAAUUAUACAUGAUAAUACAAGAAUUAAAUGCAUGCUUACCUUAUACUUACCUUCAAUUGGGACUUUCGGAUCGCCCAUUAGUUAUUCAGGUUAUGCAUUGGCAUUCGGGUCGCCCAAGGUACCCGAGUCAAGGUUAUCGAGUGUGCAAAGCAAUUAUCGGGUGACACGUUCUCGAGUGUGCAAGCAUAUCUCGGGUGUCAUGUUCUCUUGUGUGAAAUGAGAUCUCAAGUGCCAAGUUCUUGAGUGAGAAACGAGAUCUCGGAUGCCAAGUUCUCGAGUGAGCAAUGAGAUCUCGGGUGUCACUUUUCUCGAGUGGGCACUGAGAUCUCAGAUGUCACUUUUCUCAAGUGGGCAAUGAGAUCUCGGGUGUCACUUUUCGUGUGUGCACGUUAACAUACCAUUUCAUCCAUAACUUCCUACCGGAUGAUCCAAAUCCUUCGAUCCAAGAAGCAUCGGAUGCGUCUCGUCGAGUUCUACAACUCUUAAGAAGACACCAACUCCAAAUCUCUAACAGAAGGAGAGUUUCCUUCUUACACACAACUGAGUUUUGCGAAAAAACAACCGACCUUACCAAAUGGGUCAUAACUCUUGAUUUCCUGACCCUUGAAAUGGGCAGAGGCAAUUUGUACUUGUCAUAAAAUGUGGAAUUUAUUUCUUGAAGUUGCUCUGGCUAUGUUGUAUAAGCUCUUAAUUAGUAGACUCAUAUUUUUAGUAAAUGUGAUCAUAUAUGUAAUAAAUAUUUUUAUUGAGGUUUUUCAAAAAUAUUAGUGAAAUGAAAUUUAUGUACAAAAAUAUGACUAAUAGUUACUAUAGUUUGAUAGCAUAGAAACUGUUGGGUUAAGGGCCCAAGCCGAGGUCCGGCCCACUAACCCAUAUUGCCAGACGCACGAUCAGUUAGAACACCAGGCCAGCCCACAGGCCCAUGACCCUUGAGGAUGGACGAACGUCCGGUGUUGGGGGCUCAGGCCCAGCAGACUCAUCCCGACGAACGUUUGUGCAGGGACAAGGAGCAGGACCACGGGCCACCAGGGAUGGCGACGAACGUCUCCGGGACAAGCCUGUAGCCAUCGGAGGGGGCCCAGUUCACAUGGUGAAUAUCUACAAGGCCAGGGGACGAACAGCCGAUAUCUUUCGAGGGUCACUCGGAAGAAUCCAACUCACUUCCCGGGAGGACGAACGUCCCCACUAAUCAGGCGGGAAACCUAGAUUCUGGCGGGAAGUGCAUUUAAUGCUGAAGAUUUGGUAGUUGGGACACCAGCGGUCCACAGGCUGCCACGUCAGUACAGCCACCUGCCCAUUGGUGGGUAUAAAUAGAAGCAUUUAUUUCAUUGUAAAGGGUUGGCAACUUUCUAUUCUUAGCAUUUAGCCAUUGUAUUCUUACUCGGAGCAUCUCUACUGCCUUGUAAGACGAACGGCCGACGUGCCCUUUUUAGCAAGUAGAUUGUACUUAGG